AUGUCUCUACCUGCGGCUCCCCCUAUCUUGGACUUUUCUCCAUUCUAUGGAAAAGACAGCGACGCGAAAUCCAAGCUGAUCCAAGAUGUACGCAAAUGCUGCCUUUAUAAUGGCUUUUUCCAGAUCACCGGCCACCGCAUCCCGCUGGAGUUGCAACGACGCGUCAUGGAUUGCUCCAAGCGCUUCUUUGAUCUCCCUCUGGAAGAGAAAUUGAAAGUUGACAAGAAUCUCAACACAUUCAACAGGGGAUACGAGCUCCUCCGAUCGCAAAUGUUAGAAAUAGGCACCGGCCCCGAGCUGAAAGAAGGCCUGUACAUAGGCGAGGAAAUCCCCGAAGACCACCCCUACUAUAUGGAGAAGAAGUUGAACAGUGGCCCCAACCAAUGGCCGCCUACCAUUCCCGAGAAGGAGGAAUUCCGAGAAACAACCAUGGAAUACUAUCACGCGGUAUUCGAUCUGGCAAAGGAUGUGUUGGGGGUUUUGGCUCAGACUUUGGGAGUUGAAUCAACGUUCUUCGGCCCUCUUACGGACGGAGCUGUCGCGACAAUGAGAUACCUACACUAUCCCGCGCAGCCACAGGACACCGACGAGAAACUAAACCGCGGCAUCGGAGCGCAUACCGACUUCGGAUGCAUCACUCUCCUUCUGCAGGACGAAGUCGAUGGUUUGCAGGUGCUAGACGCACCAUCGGGACAAUGGCUGGAUGUCAAACCGGUUCCCGGGGCAUAUGUGGUGAACUUGGGUAACCUCUUCAUGCGUAUGGCGAACGACAAAUAUAAAUCCAACACCCAUCGUGUGAUCAACAAGUCCGGUCGAGAGAGAUACUCUAUUCCGUUCUUUUUCAGUGGAAAUCCGGAUUAUAUCUGCGAGUGCUUGCCUAAUUGUCGUGAAGAGGGUGAACCUGCCAAGUACGGUCCGAUUACUGUGCAAGAUAUGGUGACGGCGUCGUACAAGGAGAGCUAUGGCCGCGCUGAGGAAUUCAAAAAGGGUUUGGAUUUACACAAGGAGGAUGCUAUUCCGGUUGCUUCUGCGGUUGGUGCUUAG